CAUCGCGCAGUCUCAUUUCAUUUUUCAAACAGGACAGUUGCUGCGCACGAUUAACGCAUUGUACAAUAAAUUAAAUUUUAAGUAGAACAGCCCAAACGUUACAAACGAAACAAAACUCAAAAUCUCUAGCAGACAUUCAAAUACUUGAAAUAUAUAAAAGCAACGAAGUAAAAAGGCGAAAGAGCAACAAAUAGGCCGGUCGACUGCGUGCGUGAGCAUCCGUGUGUGUAUGCGUGCCCAUUCAUAUAUGUGUUUGUGAGUGUGAACUAAAAUCCAAUCAGCACAAAGGAUACCAAAGCUACAACAACAAUAACAAGCAGAAGGAUUUUAAUUGUAUUGCAAAAUGGACUUCAAUUUUGCGGAUCUGAAAAAGGAAGCUGCCAACACGGCUGAGGAUAUUUUCAAUGCAGCCAGCAAGCAGGUCAGCACUACCUACGAUGAUUUGCUCGGCGACGUCAACGCAAGCAGCGGGGGCGUCAAUGUCAGCGGCGAGGGCGUGCAGGACGAUAAUGCCCAUACCGAAAAGUAUUUUGCCAAUGAGCAAAAGAAUCUGGAUUUCGGUGAUCCGCAGGCAUUCGUGCAGCGCAUGUCCGCCGGAGCGAAGGAGGCGCAGGAGCAGCUGGAUGCAAAGUUUGCACAGAAAGCGGAUGAUUUUGGAGACUUUCUGAAGGAGAGCGCAAAAGAGGUAAAGCAGAAUAUCGGAGAGUUGACCAGCGACUUUAUGAAUGUGGAGCGUGGUAUGUUUGGAGAUGCUAGCAAAGCAGCUGCUCCAUCUGCCGCUGCCCCAGCUGUUGCCCAUGCUGCUGCACCUGUUCCAGUUGCAGCUGCUGUUCCAGCUGCCAAGCCUGUCCAGGAUCAGGAGGCGGAUUUGCUGGGCUUCAAGCCAAUGAACAGUGCACCUUUGCAACCCUUUGAGCCAACUGCACCCACAGCUCACGACCAGUUUUAUGAUGAUGACGAUGAUGACUUCCUAAUCAAACCAACUCCAGCUGCAGCUGUUGUGGCUCCUGCAGCUCCUGCUGUAGCCAAUACGGAAUCUGAUACAGAUUCACCUUCUGUCUCGUACACUCCGUCGCCGGCUAAGAAGCCCAUUGCUGAUGCGCUCAAGGAGCAGGACAAUGAGAAAUUCAUCUCUUCCGAGGAUCUGCUUAGUGACUUUAAGGAUGUUCCAGCUUCUGCAGCAGUUCCGGCUCCAGCCGCAGUUCCAUUUCCAUCUUCCACUCCCGCUCCUGCUCUGAUUACCGAUUUGGAUGAUGACGAAUUUGUUGUUAAGCCGGCGUCCAAGGUGGAGCCUGCGAAGGUGGAGCCUCCCAAGGUGGAACCUCCGAAGGUGGAGCCUCCGAAGGUGGUGCCACCAAAAGUGGAGCCUCCCAAGGUGGAGCCAGUCAAGCCGGAGCCAGCCAAGCAGCCGCAGCCGCCCAAGCAACAACAACAACAACAACAACACCCAAAAAUCGUAUCUGUGGAGGAAAUCUUUUACAAGUACGGACUUGAUGCCUGGUUCAAGCCCGAACGUUUGCACCCGCUAGUCGAAUCGCUGAUCUAUUGGCGCGAUGUGAAAAAGUCGGGAAUUGUAUUCGGCGCAGGCCUCAUCACCUUGGUGGCCAUCUCCUGCUUCUCGGUGAUCAGCGUCUUUGCCUAUUUGUCGCUGCUCACUCUGGUCGGAACUGUCGCCUUCAGAAUCUACAAAUCUGUGACACAGGCGGUGCAAAAGACAAACGAUGGACAUCCCUUCAAAGAAUAUUUGGAACUGGAUCUGACGCUCUCGCAGGAGAAGGUGCAGCACAUUGCGGGCGUGGCUGUGGCCCACAUAAACGGCUUCACGGCCGAGCUGAGGCGUUUGUUCUUGGUUGAGGAUAUAAUUGAUUCGAUUAAGUUUGGUGUUAUCCUGUGGGUUUUCACUUACAUUGGCGCUUGGUUCAAUGGCAUGACGCUGGUCAUACUAGCCUUCGUCUCGCUGUUUACCUUGCCCAAGGUCUAUGAGAAUAACAAACAAUCGAUCGAUACCUACUUGGAUCUGGUGCGCAACAAGUUGACAGAGAUUACCGACAAAAUCCGAGUAGCUCUGCCCAUUGGCAACAAAAAACCAGUUGCAGCCGCCGAGUCGGAAAAGGACAAAUAGAAAG